AAAACGAGUCACUUAAAGGCAAAUGUAAGAACAGACCCACGGCGGGUCCUAAGCACACGCUUUUGUUUACAACCACGUCACCCGGAAGCAUCCGUCCUCAUCAAAAUGCAGAAACAGGACUCGCAGUACUCUCCUCUCUUCGGGGAAGAGGAAGAUAACUUCAGACAAAAGCAGCCUACUGUUUGUCGUCCUGUCGCUUCGUUCUUUCACCUCUUCUUCCGGACGAGUGCCAUCGUGGUGUAUCUGCUGUGCGACCUCUUCAGCGGCCGUUUCAUUGCCUGUAUGGUCACCAUCAUCCUCCUGCUGUCAUGUGACUUCUGGACUGUCAAGAAUGUCUCUGGCAGACUGCUGGUGGGCCUUCGAUGGUGGAAUCAAGUGGAUGAAGAUGGGAAGAGCCGCUGGAUGUUUGAGUCCCGGAAAGCAGAUGGUGGGAACACGGUGCUCAGUGCUGAAUCACAGAUCUUCUGGCUGGGACUCACUGUAUGCCCCCUUUUCUGGGUCGUUUUUCUCUUCAGCACCCUCUUUUCCCUGAAUCUUAAAUGGCUGGCCGUGGUGAUCAUGGGUUUAGUUUUACAAUGGGCUAACCUGUACGGUUAUGUCAGAUGCAAACUGGGAGGAAAAUCGAACCUAAGAAACAUUGCAACAAGCUACAUCGGCACCCAGAUCUUUAAACAGGCUAUGAAAGAAACCAGCACGUCCUGAAAGCUAAACGUGGCACUACAGGAGGAGCUCAUCGCUGGAUGUGCCAAAUAUAUUUACUUUAGAAGGUGGAUGGUCAGAUUAGGUCAGUGAGUUUUCAUUCCAGAGGAUUUUAGGGGAAUUUAUAACGUUUCAUAGGUUGACUUUUGUGUCGUUUUGGAUGUAUUUUUCUCUCCACGGUGCUGGUUUAGUCUUGAAAUGCCUUUGGGAAGGAAUAUUUUAUUUUUCUAUGAAUUACGGACAAAGAAACCCUUUUCUGGUUUCAUUGUUGUUGUUGGUUAUUGAUGCCAUUAUGUCCUUUUUUAAUAUAUGACAAAAAAACAUCACUUGGGUACAAUACUCAGAUUAACAGAGAGUUGACAUGAUUUUAAAAAUAGAAAUAUAAUAUAUGCAGUUAUAUGUGCUUCACUGAAGUUUCUUUCAGAAUUAUAAAUGUACCAGGAUGAACCAAGCUACUAAUGAAAGAAUACAAUAAAAAAAGUUGUAAAUAAGCAACAAUUUUAAUUUUUUUUCUCCUUCCCUCUGCACUAACCGAACACUUCAAAAAAUCUCAUCUGUCCAUCAUUAAAUGUAAAGACUACUGA